AUGACAAAUCCUUCUGCUAAGGAAAUUUAUCUGAUUUUUUAUGAAUACCACAUCCCAUCCAUCAAAGACAAUGAACAUCUCUUAAGAGAUAAUUUCACUGCGAAGUACGAGUUCAAAGAUCAGAAGCGACCACCUGAUUUCGCAGCAGAAUUAAAAAAUAUAAAUUUCAAGAAAUCCUUCAUCCCCUUUAUCAUGGACUAUUGGGCGUCAGAACCAUCAGUGACGGAUAUAAUAGGAGAUAAGCAACUAUAUGUUUCUUUCGAGAGAUGUCUACGGUACAAAGUAGAUGACACAUCGUCACUUGCGAGGUAA